CAUGCAUCCCGUUCCGGGUUCCCCGAAACUGAUUUCUACGUGAUCUCAAACAGCAAGACACCACAACACGAGUAAAGAUAAUUACCAGAAGGUAAUAGCUGUGUAUCCGCUGUAUUUGAGACCAGAAGUAUGGCAGAGGAGAUGUCUGUGCCUGAUGAUUUAACAUUCAAACGAAAAAGAGCUGAAGCUGAGGAGAGUAUAGUCCAAAUCAAAAGACCAAGACGAGAAAGCCUGGGAGGAGAAAAUGAAACAACAUCGACAUCUACCACAGAGGGUCACUCAGAGACCUGUGGUAGCUCAGAGAAAAGUUAUUAUAAAUCAUUGAGGCCUAUUACUGAGAACCCUCCCAACACAGAGAGUAGGGAAGACGAGGAACCAUUACAGGAGGCAUUCACAGCUUGUUCAUCACCAUCCAAACAUUAUAAAGAAGACAUAGAUGGAUCUUCUUCAGAAAAUUCCAAAGAAACGUUUGUAUCAGUUGAGAUCCCAGUACACCACGACGAAAUGGGCUUACGAGAUGAGAGUGAUUCUGUAGAAACGACUUGUUUCUCAACCAUAGGAGAGGAUCUUCUCCAGAAAAUUCGAAACAAGAAUUUUUAACAAUUGAGAUUCCAGUAAACCGCGAUGAUACGGCCUUACAAAAUGAGAGCAAUUCUGUAGAAAACGAUUUUAUUAUCAAAUAUAAGAGAGGACCUUCUCCAGAAAGCUCCAAACAAGAGUCUGUACAAAUUGAGGUCCAAGUAAACCUCGACGAUACGGGCUUACGAGAUGGGAACGAUUCUGUAGAAGACGAUUUCUUUCUCAAUCAGGGGAAAAAUAAUGCAUCAAUACUUUAUUAUAGAAAAACCACGACAGACGAUAGAGGAACGAUUACAAAUAUAUCAGAGCUAUCUGGUAUACAAUCUGACGUAAAUGUUGAACAGCUCGUACAGGCGACUGCUAGAAACGAUAAAGAAGUUCUUGAAAUGUCUGGUACAUCGACAAAGCCUGGAAAUGAUGAAACAGAGGGGGAACAAGAUGAAUACAUAUAUAGAAUACUUCGUUUUACAGAAUAUUAUUGGAAGGGUCUUCGUCCGAAAAACGCAUCUUCCAAAAUUAGCAUACAGAAACAUGUUGCGGAAGGAAGCAAAGGCAGGGAAUCUAGGUAUAUUUCCUGCAGUAAAACUCUUAAUGGCAUUAAAAGACUUGGGAGACUUACAAACGAAUCCAGUCGGAUACGUCAUGUUGUAAAGAUCAAUCUUACAAAAGUUAGAAAGCUUGGAAGCGAGAUUCAAAUCAUAGAUCUUACUGACGAAAGCAUUCGAAUAAAACAUAUUGAUCCUGAUUGUAAAGCGUGGGAAUUUGCAGAAAAAUAUGAGGAAGUGAUUUUAAAUCCCACUUACGAUAUUCCUUCUCACUGUGUUGAAUAUAUUGGCAACAUUCAACAUAGGCAAUUUACGCCAGUUGCUGAUGCAUGAUGUGUAAAAUACUACAAGUAUUAUUAUGACAAAUUUAGAACAAGGCAAAUGUUACUUCUGAUUUGUAGAAACACCCUUGCGAUGUAUGUUAUGAAAAACCCUGCACGGACAUGAAUAAAGCAGUGUCUUUGUAGUAUUUUCCUGAAACCCACCUAUACAAUUAGAGUUAUUUUCUACACCGUGUCAAUGAACAAUCCCUAUACCGUGUUUUGCAGAAUGCCUACACUCUUUGCUUGAAUACAACAUAUGAAACUAGAAUUCUAUUUUAUAGUGUAGAUAUUGUGUUUACACCAUGUUAUUGAAAUACAUCUUUAUCUUGUGUGUGAUUAAACAAUGACUACACCGUGCGAUUUAACAAUGUAUAUACCGUGCGAUUGAACAUUACCUACACCGUGUGAUUGAACAAUGCCUACACCAUGUGAUAGAACAAUGCCUACACUGUGUGGUUGACAAUGCUUACACAACCAAUUAUUGAUAUCUCGAACUUUUAUCAAUGUAUCUGCUAUGUAAUUAAAAUGUGCCGUUGGUUUU